AUGUUCCUCAUCGUAAUCGAUGUGAUCAUGGUAGGAGCGAUUUACCAUGUAUCGAAUCGUGGACUACUGUGGCAGUCCAUCACUAUGAAGCGCAAGCAUCUGAACGACUUCGAUUUGGCCGAUGAUGUUGCCCUACUAAAUCAACGGUGCUCUGACACACAGAGUAAGCUCAAUGACCUAGCCGAACGCUUCUCUGUAGUGGGUCUAACCAUCAACGCCAGCAAUACCAAAUCGUUGGAUGUUAACACGGACAACCCCUGCAAUUUAACAGUAGCUGGGCAAGCGGUAGAGAAAGUCGAAGGUUCCAAGAUUGACAAUAGGAGCACGAGUUUACGAAAUAUAUGGAGAUCCAACCAGAUUAAUCAAUGCACUAGAAUUCGAGUUUUCAAUUCCAACAUGAAAUCUGUGCUGUUGUACGUCAGUGAAACGUGGUGCGAGUCAGCAGAGACCACACAGAAGUUGCAGGUUUUCAUCAACCGAUGUCUGCGGUUUAUAAUUCGGACCUGGUGGCUUCACAACUGGAUCUCGAAUACUGAGCUCCAUCGACGAUGCCAUCAGGAACCGAUGUCGACAGAAAUUCGAGAACGUAAAUGGAGCUGGGUCGGCUACACACUACGAAAAGGCGGCAAACGAAAUCUGCAAACAAGAGCUGGAUUGAAAUCCGACAGAACAUCGCAGCAGAGUCAGACCCAUGAGCUCGUGGCGACUUGGCAUCUACAAGGAAAUCAAGGAAGUCGAUAG